UAUACCUUCAGUAUAACUUCAACUUUCAAGAUCACAUUUGCAUGAGAAAGAUUAGUAACUUAGAAAACAAGUUAACUAUUUACCCACUUUACAAAUAGUGAAAUGUAUUAAAGGACUAGAUGGUUUUUCUUCUAUUUGUAGAAAGGAAGCUGGAACCUAUUCCAUGGUUUAAAAUCACUUUGACAUAAAACUGUGGUAAAUAUGCACUACCUAAAGUCACCACUUGAUGUGCUUAACUUUGUUCCAGGAGGACAUGAGAAGGCCUUAAAACAGGCUUUUUACAGUACAGCUGCAAUUCUCUUUGUCAUAUUUGCCUUUACUGCUGCUGUUGCGGUAUAUUUUGUUUUUGAGCCUUUCAUAGAGCCACUCUUGUGGGCUGUAUUGUUUGGUUCAUUUCUCCAUCCAUUCAAGCAGAAGUUGACUGUGUUGUUUAGAGGAUGGCUUAAGGGACUACAUGAUGAUGGAACUCCUCUUGCUCUUGGUUUGGUUGUUUGCCCCUUUAAAAUCAUUGACAGUAUAUCAGAAGGUAUUGGAUAUUUUCUUUUGCAGUAUGUUAAAUUGUUUUUAGGGCUCAGCAUUGGUCUUCCAGUACUUUGUUUUAUUUAUGGCUUGCUUCCUGAAACAUUUUCCAGUGAUUUAUGUGCUGGGAUAGUAUUGUUUUUUCAGAGUGCUUCAAAUGUCUUGGAAUUCUUUAGUAGAGCUGGUUUAUUGGUAUGGACAUUAGUGAUUGGCUAUAUUCUUCUUGUGAUGAUAUGGCGCACACCUCAGUCUCAACAUGUACUUCCUCUGAUGUCUCUCUUUGUUUGGGUGACUGUCAUUUUUCACUUUGCAACAGUUGCUGGUCCAUUACGUGUUCCUAUUUUAUUCAUUCUAUUGGUCCUGUUGGUUGUGGGUUUUGUCACUGAAGUUAAAGAGAAUUGGAAACAGAACGAUUAUAAAGAUAAAAAAGUUCACCCUCAACCAUCAAGUGUGAGUACCUUGAAAGCUGCAACAGAAUGGUUGACUGGAACAGGAAUAUCAGCUGAAGAGAGAGCACCAAUGUUGUUUAAAGAAUCAGAAACUCCUCAUCAAAAGGUACAGGUAGAACCCUGUACACCAGACCAGUUGGAAAAAAAUGUUAUCAAACCUACUUCUCUCUUUUUACUGGCACCAAAGAAAAGUAAAAAAGAAAGACAGCUUAAAGAGGACCCAAAAUUAAGCAACUUGUAUUUGUAUAGACUUGCAUGGGCCUGUAUUCUAACUGAAUUUUGGUUAAAUUUAUGGCUUUUAAACCUUCUUCCUUUGCCUGUGAUUUACCUUGCUGUGAAGAAGUUAGGUUGUCACUUUGGGUUGUUCAACUUCAUUAAAGAAAAUAUUUCUGCUGGUUGGGAAGUUGGGAUGAGGUGGUGCCAGAGUAGGAAGGAAGCUCUAGUCCCCGCGCCUAUUAGAGGUUUGGCAAAGAUGCUGGCCCGAGGUGACCGAAAGGUAAUAGAUAUUUUGGAGGACUCCAUCGAUACUUUUACCAGUACUAGUGUUAUACUAUUUGUUCUCAUUUUGACAAGUAUUGGGACAAUUUUCCUAUCCGUACAGAUCUAUGGUGAAAGCAUGCAUUUGGUAGAAGUAACAAGUAAUUUAAUCAAUAGAGUUGUUGUACACAACCCAGAACUGCAACAGUUGUUGCCAGAAAAGCUGCAGGACGUUCAAGGUACAUUAGACUCCAUGGUGGGUAACGCCUAUGUUUAUGGAAGAGAGUGGAUUGCUAACACGGUGAAAGAAUUUAUUGAUGAAAAAGAUAAAACUAGAGGUGCCAUUGUUGAAGAACAGAUUUUAGAAGUCUGGGAUCGCAUUUACCAUAUGUGGAUAACAAGAAAUGCCACCAAUAUUACCAGCUCUUUCUUAUUCCAUCAUGGAAUGUCAUGGAAUGACAUAGUAGAUGGAAUGAAAACAUUAAACUUAACCCUUUUAGUCAGCUAUAUCCAAGAAAAUAUUGGCACCCUGCUAUCGAGCAUAAUGAUAUCAUAAGACUUGCAAAAUGUCAUUUUAAAACAAUGAUUGAAAACAUUUCCUGGAUAAAAAUGGCACCAGUGAAACUGAAAAUUGAGUCCUCUGAUGCCAGUUAUGACUUCAGGU